CGAUUUUCUCAACAUUCAUAAGAAAAUCAUCAAAAUCUGUCAAAAAUGUUAAUAUAAGUAAAUAGCGCUUCUCUGUAAAAUAUGUCGAAGCUUCCCCGACUCCUCCCCCUAUCGGCUGGCUGCGAAUAGCAACAGGCUCCACUCCAGUCUCUGUAGCCACUAGCCAGUCCAAGUCCGACCGCCCUGCAAGCUGGAUGUGUGCUGCUGCUCGACGCGACAUCUCGCCCACGCACUUCAACUUGUACCCUGCGAUCUCAUACACCUUACAGGCCAGUGUUGCUGAAAUGGCUGAGAAGCAGUAAAGCAGCCGCCGCGUCACCGUCGGCCAGCACCGACGCCGUAUACCCUCGCACACCAACUACAACUAACAACAGAAAACAUGCCACCAAGUAGGACUUCCGUGUUAGGCGUUCUGACGACGAUUGAAGCUAUCGUACAGCUGAUGUUUGCUGUCUUUCUUAUUUUGAAUGCCUAUUGUUAUAUAGACAUGUUCCAAAACUCAAUGAUUGGGGUUUUUAUAAAAAUAAUGUACCUUCACGACCCUGACCUGUGCGGCAAUAGGAUAAACAUCGGGGAAUUCGUAGACGAGAUGGUCAACCAGGCAUUCGUAGUGUUGCAGGACGCACCGGUCACUUAUUAUAGGACAUUGUUCUUCCUUUGGGCUAACUUUUUUGUAGCUAUUUUUUGGCUGAUCUCAAACGAGCUAAUGUUCAGAAACUUCACGUCAUGUCCAUGGACUACAGUGACGCUGGCGGCCUGCCUACUGGACUUCUCGGGACUUCUGUUUUAUCUUAAUGAUUAUUAUUCCACUAUGAAUUUGUCGGACCUCUUGUGGUACAUAGGAGCAAGUGGAUACGGCACAGGUAACGUACUGCUGGAUACAAGGAAUGUGGCUCCUACUAUGGCUAUUCUCAUCUCCAAGGGUACAUUGUUCAUCGUUAUAAAUUGUGUGCUAAUCACGUCGCAAUCGGCGCGUCGGAAUCGUAACUUACACGUGGCAGCUCCAGCCGUAAGGCCCAGGUCGCCGCUCAACUUUGUUGGUGACAGCUUCAGCCAGAUAUCGCACCGCUUGCCGCGCCCCAACCUCUCCAGGAAUGAAGUUUUCGUAAAUACCUUGAAACUACAAGACAUGGAAGCCGCCUGCAGCCCCGAAUACGACUCGCCGCCCUUGCCCGGCUACUCGCGCACAGAUAUCGCCACUGUGCUGCCCCACCCGGACCCUACAACUACACCCGAACGACCCCAACGCGCAUUCUCCGCUGAAGACCUAAGAACGAUCCGUGUGCCGGACACCAUACUAUCGCUGCCUCAAAGACUUGAAAAAUUGAUAGCCGAAGAAGCGAGGGAGUUUGAAAUCCUAUCUACGGAUUCAUCUGAAAAUCGAGUCGGCGGACCCAGCGGAAGGAAUGAGGACAGCGAGACUGGAGAUAUCGGCCUGGAACAUGUCUAUUUCCCCGAGUUGUUGUUGACUCCCCCGAUGGAGUUCAAGCAGAAUGUGACCCACCAGACCCAGCGACGCCUUGACACCUAUACCAAUCAAGUCCAGACAUCUAACCCACUGACCGCGUCCCUUCCCAACUUGACAGACGAGAAACUACAACUGGAAAAAACAACCAAGUUUAACCUGGAGAACGAGGCGUCAUUGUUGGCGGAAAAGAGCGGUAGGGGCGCAGCGGCGUCGCGCGGUCAGCCCGGCUAUAACAGUCGCCUUCGCAAGCAGCUUCGCCCUCGCACGGACCUCCGCCGUUCCGAUAUUACGGGACAGGCAGAGACCAUGUUCAAAAAGGCCUCAGUUGAUCACUUGGGCUGGACUGGAUCCGGAACAACCAGGCGCUUGGUGUUCUUCUCCUCACAACGGAAACAACCGGACGUCCUGUAUUAAUACUAUUUUACCUAAAUUAAAAAUGUUAUCGUAAUCAAUGUAUAUGUCUAUAUAUAACUAUAUAAAAUAAAGUUCUAACUUAUCUAAUCGACAUUAGAGACGAACGGAAAUUAUAAUCCGUUUUCAUUUAAAUUUUAAUAUGGAAAAUCACGCAUCGUAAGAUAAUAUGAAAUAAAUAUUUUUUGUUGUGUGUUCGCUUUCUUUCCUAUUUCACAUACUGAAGUAGCGAUAAGAUAAUUUUAAAAGCACACACGUAAAUAUGAUGUUUUUAAACUUGAUAUAACAUCGAGUAAAAGUUUAUUUUCAAGAAAGAUAAUUUAGAAUUUUGACAUUGGAUAUGUUCGUUCAAGUUCUUCGAUUUCUUGUAAUAAAACAACAGUUAAAAACAAUAGAUAUUCGAGGUUUGUUGGUGUGGUUAGAUGUCACGGGCACCGGAUUAGUCGUGUAUUGAUGUGAACAUAAUUAUCCACUUUCUUCAUGAUUUGUGAAGAAGGUGUGAUAGGUAUUUACUUAUUGCAAAUAUAUGUCUAUUUACUUAUGUCUAUUUAAAGAAUUACCGUAAGUACGGCUUCGUUCGUGAGAUGUUCGCUGCGUCUUCUUAGAACCAGUAUCUCUAGUAGUAUAUGUUAUGGAAAUUAAUACAAGUUUAAAUUGUGUAAAACUUAUAUAACAUAG